AUGGCAGCUGCAGCGACUCAACCUGGACUUGAGGCUAGUAACACUUGCCGAGAAGGUGGUGAUGGUAGUGGUAGUUGUGCUGCUGCUGGUGCUGCUUCUGGUCCUCAUCCUCCUCCACCACCACCACCACCACCUGCUGAUGUUAACGCUUGUACUCCAGACAGGACUGAUCCUCCGUGUACUCGUAGUGGAAGUGUAUCUGAAGCUGCUACUGCUGUUGAUUGUGUGGACUCUCCUCCUGAGAAGGAUGGUUGCCGUAAGACGGAUCUCGACAAUCAAGAUAAUUGCGCUUCUGGUGGGUCUAGUUGUAAAAACGAAGCACAAGACGCGACUCAUGCUAAACAAAAUGAAGAUCGACGAAGUAAUGGUAGCGGUCGUCAAGGUCAUGAUGGUCACGAUGGUCAAAGUCGUCCUGCAACUGACCAGGGUUCUCAUAUUGAUGGAGGACAAGAGGAUCGUGCUAAACCAACUGUUCCUGUUGUUCCUCCUGGUGAACCAGAAACUCCGUAUACUCAAAGUGGAAACGGUUCACAAGGUGGUGCUUCUUCUCCCGCUGAGGGGAGUAGCGGUGCUCCUGCCGCUGACGGUCAAACUGAAAGCAAUGUGGCCAGUACAACCGAAGAAGACAGUGGAUCUAAACAGGGAAGUGAAACAGCACAACCUUCUUCUUCUUCCAACAAUUCGGCCACAGUGAGUGAUGUUGGUUCUGAUGCUGCAACACCUGAGAAUGGCACUUCAUCUGCUGGAACUGAAUCAACAAGUACCCAAGAAGGUGCGGGAAAUGCAGACACAGAUACCACUACAACCACAACAACAACAACAACACUUCCUCCUGAACUCACAAACAACAAGAAGGGUGAUGCCGACAGCAGCAGCAGUAUCUGCAGUUCUGUGUGGGUGCGUGUACCACUACUGAUUGUGGUUACACUGGCCUGUAUUCUUGUGUGCUGA